AACUAGCCCCUGUCCAAGAAACGUUAUCUGCGCGGCCGGCCCAAAGACACCAGCAUCGAGAAUGUGACCAAUGGCAGCAGAUAGAGCUCUCCCCACGCUAAGGAUAUCAGCUGAGCAGUUAGAAGAAAGAACAAAACUGAUUCAACAAGAAAGGAAAUACUGUUAUAUCGAUGAUGCAGGUGUGAAACACAGAAGCAAAGAUGAUGCUGUAGCUGCAAGGGUGCCAAUGUCAGCUUCUACACGUACACAUACGACAAUUGGCAACGAUCAAAUGGCUGGAACUAAUCCGAACAGGAGGCGUGGUCAAAGAAGGCGUGGCCAUAUCCCAAUUGUCAGAGAACACACCACUCGAGUUGAUGAACAAUAUCAUGUGACUAGGAGAGGAGGUCGAAAUGAGGAAGACAAUGGUCAUGUGACUGGUGGGAGGGAUGAGGAUCUGCUCACGGCCUGGAAGAGGUGCUGUUCAGCUGGGGGGACAGAGAAGCUGAUAGCCAGCUGGAUGGAGACUAGGUCAAGGUCAAAGUUCACAGUGAUACUGAAUGCAGUGACCAAGUUUGCUAGUCUGUCGGAGAGACUGGUGUUGAGGGACCUUGAGAUGAGCAUGAAGAUGGAUCUUGUCUCUCGUCUGUGGAAGCACGGACACUAUCCCGUCAUAGAAGGUCUUAGGAAGAUAGGAGAGGAAGUUAGCUGCGACCUGGAUGAGUUUCUCCGCUCCAGUGACAUGUUCUACUCGUCUCUACUGGAGCAGCUGCAGACCGCCCACUCCUUCACACUCACUCAGUACACCAGCGGCCGACUCACCUUCCCCUCCAAGACAAGACAGAGAGUGGUGCUUCAAGCCGUGCAUCUCUGCCACCAUUGUUGUAUUCAUUUGGGGGACCUCUCGAGAUAUUCUGAGCAGCUGUCUUCAAGCCCUAACUGGGGGAAACCAAGAAAUUACUACCUGAAGGCUAGAGAGCUUGCCCCUAAAGAUGGCCGACCUUACAACCAGCUGGCAGUAGUGGCUCUAAGAGCAAAUCAUCGACUUGACGCCAUCUAUUACUACAUGCGUAGCUUGAUGGCCAAGAACCCGUUCAAGUCAGCUCACGACAGUUUGGUGGGACUGUUCGAAGACACCGCCACCAAGGUUAAGAAACAAGAGGAGGAAGAUGUCAAGUCAAAGCUCAAGGCUGAGAGAGGAGCUGUCAAGAAACAGAGAAGGCAGCAGCGUCACAAACAACGUCAGCAGCAGUCUGUGGGGGGUCACCGUGUGGGGGGUCGUCGCGAGGAGAGCAGGGAGGUGUGGAUCAUGCCUGGUCAUGAGCAGGAAGUGGGUGUGGUCAGCAAUGGCACUCAAGUGAUACAAGACGACUUGGAGUCACUCUCAAAUACUGAGCUACUGAGGAAGCUUGUUUCAUGUUUCCUGAUAGCCCAUGGGAAGAUCUUCACCAAGAUAGGGAUUGAAACAAUGGACUCCACCCUGUCACACUUGUCACACCUCCUCAUCCGCCAUCUCACAGCUGGUGGUGCCCACGCAACAGUUAGUGACGCCCACGCAUCAGCUGGUGACGCCCACGCAUUAGCUGAGACUCAACGACUAGUACAGAUGACGGCGAUCAACGUGUUCUCCAUUCAUCACGCUGUUGACAGCCAUGUUGAUAAUGUGCUCAGUCAGCAUUUCUACUGUGGUCGUGCAAUGAGUCUGUCCCUACAGCUGACCACUAUACUAUUACAGCACUGUGUUAACACACUCCAGGCAUGCCCCAUCAUGCCCUCUCUGGACAAUAUCAGUAGAUCUGAUUCGUCACCACCACUUGAACCUUCGGCAGGGGUAAAAAUCAAUCCUCUGAAGUCAUGUGAUCAACCGGCAGAGUUGAAGGUUGUUUCAGAGUACCCAAAAGACUUGAUGGUGUGUUUGGAUGUAUUUUCAGUUCUAUUGCCGGCUGUUAGGGUGUGGCUACAAUGGCUGCUACGUCAGAAGGGGCUGUGGACUCAGUGGUUGGAGCAUUUAGACAAGUCUGCAAUGUUCCAGUUCUGGACUGUGUUGUGCUCAUUCCUCAACCUCUCACUCAGUGUAGUCCCCGGGGUCACACUCAUCACUACAGACACAGCUGGUUCUGUGUGUCCCCUGAGGCGAUACUGGGAGGACCGGAUGUUGGCUGGCUUCGUUCCUCUCGGCAACACUCUCUCCACUCAAGACAUUCUCAGUAUCUCUGAGCUCAAAACUCUCGACAAGCAGCAACUUCGAGAUCAAGCAGUUCAAAGAAUCGCUGACAUCAGCAGAUUGAGUGUGGACCUCUCGUCUUUAACGGAUUAUGGUUUAAUUUUCGACCCAGUGUCAGUCAAGUUCGAUAUUUCAGAGCGGGUAUCUGAUCUAAUUAAAGGGAGCCCACCACCGCCACUGGAUGACGUGAGGGAUACAGACAGUGUGUCUUCAGAUGAUGUCCUUGUGGACAGUAGCAGUGCGGAGGAGGAGGAGGAGGGUGGAGGCAGCAAAGAUGAAGAAGAUAUAACCACUGAAGCUCUAGCAGAGAUUGCACAACUAAAGGCACACAAAGAGAGGCUGACCAAGAAAAUGGUAGAGCACACUCAAGCCCUACAAAUAGCAAAGAACGUACUGGACGAGGCGGCACACAGUGAGCAGGCCGUAAGGAGAAUAUCUCCAAAAUAUCUCGUUCCAGACACCAACUGUUUUGUGGACCUGUUGCCCUCAAUUCAGAGCCUCAUAGCAACCACCCAGUUCAUCAUUGCAGUGCCAUUAGUCGUACUGAGUGAGCUGGAAGGACUGAGCAAGGGCUCAGGGGAGGGUCAGAACAGCGCUCAUGUUACAGCUGGUUCAAGAUCAGCUGUUGAGUUAGUACAGUCUCGGUUUGCUGAGAGGUGUGUCCAGGUGAGGGCGCUCACCACACAGGGAAGCCUCCUCCCCUCCAUCUCAUUCAGAGCCGAGGUGACAGACAAGGCUUCGAACGAUGACCUGAUCCUGACCUCCUGUCUGCAACUGCACUCUAAAGUUGAUUCUGGUGACAGACUCAGUGUGGUCCUACUGACUGACGACAGGAACCUACGAGUGAAGGCACACGCUAGCAACCUCCCUGUCAAAGACAUGCCUAGUUUCAUGAAACUACUUGAAUAAAGCCAUACAUGUUUAUAUAUAUACAUUACCUGUAUAUAACUUAUCAGCAACAUGCAAUACAUGUGUAUAAUUUUUAUAAUUAUAUUUUUCAUGAAUGACAGACAAAUAACAUCAACAUAUUGAAAACAAA